AUGUCGAGAAAACGUAAAUUACCAAACGUAAAAGAAAGGUGUCGUAUUUGUCUCAUUGAUAAUGGAUGUAUGACUAAUUUAUUCGACGAACGUGUACAAUCAAAAGUAAACGAUUUAAGUAAAUGCACUUCUAUCAAUGUCAAGGACGAACAUGGUUUGCCAACUAUUAUUUGUCAUAUAUGCCUUUACAAGUUAGAUAUGUGGAAUGAAUUCAAAGAACAAUUUAUACGGUCAAACCAAAUGUUGUUGAGUCAACUAGAACUUGCAGAAACAUCUGAAAAUGAGAAUUUGCAAUCUAAAAAAGCAUGCAAUAAUCUGGAGCAAAGUGGAGAAGAUAGUCUUUCUGAUACUUCUGAGAAGAAAAAAUUAAAGCCAGACAUACCUCCAUUAAUACCUUUAGAGUUCACAAAUACGGAUAGAGUAACAGAACAAACAAUGCUUAAGGACAUGUAUAUAUCUGAAGAUGAUGUCACAUCAUCAAAGGACUCUUCACAAAGAGCACAUGAUGCAUCCAAUGAUGAUAAAUGUAAAAGUGAUGAAAAGCAAGAGAAUAAAGAUAAUGCUCAAGUGAAACCAUCAUUAGUUCCAGUGAAGGUUAAACCAUUAACUGGAAGACGUAAUAGAACAACUGAACGAAGGAAAGCAUCAACUAAGAGGUGGGUUGCAAGAAAAAAAGCACUUUUAGCAGCAACAGGAGAAAGUGUCUCAGAUACAGAUUCUCUGGGAUCAGAUGAUACUCAGUUGUCACCAGUGCAAAAAGCACGAGCAAAAACAAAUAUGGAUAAAGAGGUUGACAAAGGAAAGAGAUGGGCUAUAACAUUAGGAAAGUUUGAAACUGAUAUGGCAGAUAAAUAUGCUAUUAAACAUGAUAAAGACGACUUUAUGAGUGUGGAUACCGAUUCUGAUACACAUAGAACAAGAUCUCUUAAAGAUAUCAGUUCUGAUACUUCAUUAUCAAUAACUAAAAGUAUUUCUGUGAAAGGAUCUACUGAACAAAAUGAAGUAAAGAAAAAUACAUUUUUUGAAGAUACAAAAGAAAAAGAAAAUUCUCCUGUUUCAUUGCCAGAAAAAAUUGUUAAAAAAAAAUUACCAAAUAAAGAUAAAAUAGAAAUUAUUGAAGACACAUUUACUCCAUGUUCAGUAAAGUCAGAAUUAGAAAUUGGAGAUGCUACAUAUAUUGUUACUUCUACAUUAACGCUUGCGGAACCGCAUUACCUGAAUAAAGCAAAUUUGAAUACUUUAUCAAAAGAGUUUAAAAAUGGCAAUAGUGAACAAAAUUCUCAAGAAAAGAAUACUGAUAUUAUAGAUGCUGUACAACUUCGUCGAAUAAAUCCAGUUCCAAUAGAUUCUACUGAUAAAAAAUGUAUUGAAAGAUGUUUGAAUAUAGAAGUAGAAGGGACAGAGAUAGAAGCUUUAAAGCGUGUACAAGUUGAACUAGCGGGUUUUGUAGAGAAAGAAAUGAAACAUAGGUUAUUUGGAACAACUAGUGACAAUAUUAAUAACGAUAAAACAGGCAACGGUUGUAAAAAUUCAUAUCAAACUUUAGAUCAACAGUUGAAAAGUAUAAUAGUAAAAACUAUAAAGAAAAAUUUUGAAUCUUCUAUGAUGAGAAGUUGUGGUUCUGAUUUUAACUCAUGCAGUCAACAACCUGGAAGGGUUUCACCAGCAUUGGUAAAAGAAGCAAUAGGUUCUAAAAAGUAUCAACCAAAAAUUUUAUUGAAACGUUUAGAUAUAGCAAAAGAAAGUAAACUUCGAAGUAUUAAUAACCUGCAUGUUGUAGCUAAACGCACAGUUAAAAAUAAACUUGGUGGACCAUUUAGUAUGGUUUCCCACAAAAGGCAAAGUGUGCCACCAAUAAGGUAUAAUGACUACAAUACUUCUGCUUUGGAUUCUGACUCAUAUUUAUCAGAAGAAACAGAAGUAUCUGAAACGUCUAAGACAGAAAAUCAUAAUGUACAGAAAUCACAGGAAGGUAAAGGACAAAUGAAUGCAACAAAUCAAGUAGAAGAAUCUAAACACGCAGAUUCUAAUACGGUUGUUAAAAUUGAAAAUAAAAUAGAAAGCCAAGAAAAUGUUUUUAAAAUAACUUCACCGCAUGGAGAGAAGCAUAUGUGUGGUGUUUGUGAACAAUCGUUUAACAGCCGUAACGAUGCAGUAGCGCACGUUCGUAUGCACAAAACAGAGACUACCACCAUACUACGUCAUAACAAACAUAAAAUGAUGCGAUGUAAGAGGUGUCAUGAAAUAGUGGAAGCUAGAUUUGUAAAAGCCCACGUGUGUAAAUCUACAAAGCAACAAAUUCAUAAAUGUUAUGUAUGCAAUUCCACAUUUCGAACUGAAAAACUUUUGGUUCGUCAUUUAGAAAGCCAUGAUCAAUCUGAAUUUAAUAUAGAAAGUAUAACAAAAAGUGAAUCUCAAAAGUUAACAAAUGCAAAUACAUCGCAAAACAUUAAAGAAACAGUAUAUUUAAAAUCUGAAAAAAGUCAAAUUUUAAAAGGAGAAAAUAGUUUGGUUGUAAAAUUGGAUAAUCCAAGGCUAGAAGUUGGCAAUGUUCAGUUAGAAAAAUCUGGGGCAACCAAAGGAGUCAAAGGAGACAAUUCAUUAGGUGUGGAGAAACCAAAGGAAACGUACACAUGCUUUGUAUGUGAUAAAAUAUUUACAGAUGAGGAAAUAUUAAAAGAUCACUUGCAAAAGCAUUGUGAUGAUAUGAGUGAAGAUGAUCAAAGUCCUGGUAAAGAACAAUAUCAAUGUGCUAUUUGUGGUGAUUCAUUAGAGUCUGAAGAUGCACUAGAGGCACAUGUUGAAAAACAUUUGUUUGACGAAGAAGACGAUAAUCCUAAUCUUAUUAAUAUUGCUAAUGAGAAUGAUAAGUCAAAGGAUGAACCUUAUCACUGCCUGCAAUGUUCCGAAACAUUUAAUUCAGAAAUGUUAUUGGAAAUGCACAUGCAAGCUCAUGAAGAAGAGGCUGCAAUAGCAGAAUGGGAGAAACAAGGAAUAAAAGCUUAUGAAUUUCAAUGCAUGAUUUGUGAUGAACUUUUUGAAACAGAAGAAGAUUUAUCAGAACACUUAGACAUACACAAUGGAAAUGCGCAUGUUUGUCAGUUAUGCGAUAAACCAUUCCCUAGUCUUGAAGACUUGCAAAAACAUGUUGCAACUCAUUGA